AGCCAAAAAUCCGAUCUUGGUUGAAGUUGGCCCUCUUCUUCUUCUUCUUCUUCUCACUUUAACAGGGGGCAACAAAAAAACCCAUUAUUGGGGGGUCAAAUUCAACUAAGAUUCCUCUCAAUCCAAACCCUAACCCUAACAAUCUUCGAUAUUCUAGCAAAUACUAUCGUUUGGGGUUCAUCUAUUCUGAUUUUUUAAUUUAUCCUUCAGUUAAAAGAUCAUCGGAGGAGGCGGGUACCUGCGAUAUCUUUAACCUGGGACUUGCGCCUAGGGCUUCGCUAUUAGUCAUCUCAUCCAUAAAUCAGUAGAGAAAUUCGUGAUUAAAUAAAUGGGUAACAUAUUCGUGAAGAAACCCAAGAUCACGGAGGUCGAUAGAGCAAUUCUUUCUCUCAAGACCCAAAGACGUAAGCUCGCCGACUAUCAGCGCCAGCUUGAUACUGUGAUUGAGGCUGAAAAACAGGCUGCAAGAGACUUGCUUCGCGAAAAGAAGAAAGAUAGGGCACUGUUGGCAUUGAAAAAGAAAAAGGUGCAGGAGGAAUUGUUGAAGAAAAUCGACGCCUGGCUUAUUAAUGUUGAGCAGCAAUUGGCAGAUAUUGAACUUGCAAACAAGCAAAAAGCUGUAUUUGAGAGUUUGAAAGCUGGAAGUAGUGCAAUGAAAGCAAUCCAAAGUGAGGUUAAGUUGGAGGAUGUUCAGAAACUGAUGGAUGACACUGAAGAAGCAAAAGCAUACCAAGAUGAAAUGAAUGCUAUUUUGGGUGAGAAGCUAACUGCCGAGGAUGAAGAAGAGGUUCUAGCUGAAUUUGACAACUUGGAAGCUCAGAUGGCAAUAAAUGAUCUUCCAGAGGUUCCUCAAACAACUCUGCCUGCUAAAGAGGAAGAAGAAGUUGAAACUUUGGACCUUCCUGAUGUGCCAACUAAGGCACCCGUUGCUUCAGAAGCUGUACCAAAGAAGAAAGUGUUGGAAGAACCUUUGGCUGCCUAAUUGAAGAAGAAGAAGUAACAACUCUUUAUGUUUUCUGUGGAACAUUAAUAUUCCUUGUCUAAUUGAAAGAGAGUAAACAAUUUGCUGGAAAUUUUAGUUUAUUUUUCUUCUAUUUUAUUUCUUUUUCCUCAAUUUGGUUCAUCAAAAUUGUGUAUAGUGGUUUGUUUAUCUGUUUGUGUUUACAAGGUAUAUUAUGUUCUUUGUUAUAUAUAUAUAUAUAUGAGCUCUUUAAUUUUGUUA